AUGGCAUUUCAGAUAACUUUUGGUAGAGCAGAAUUUUUGUUAUUCUCUGAAACUGGGCCUAAAGAAAGACAAUGUAUUGUCAUUCUAAAAGCUCUAAAGGAAAAAUACUUUCAUGACUCAAAAGUCUUCACAUCUCAUUCCAUCAAAAUGGUGUUUUUCUGGCAUUUAGAAUCAACACCUCUGGCAAAAAGACAGGAAAUGGGAAGAGGUGAAUUACUCGUGCACCUUCUGGACAAAUUAACUGCAUUCCUGGAGAGCAAUAAUUUGCCUCACUUUUUUAAUCCACAUGCUAAUAUGUUGGAAGGUUUGAAUGCAUGUGACAUAAGUUCUACACUUAAGGAGUUGAAAAGAGUUCAAAGAAACCUUUUAGAUUAUUUGACCUCUGAACUCUUUCAAGAGGAGUAGUUGAGAGCUAAUGGUGAUGAUUUAGUUCAAAAAGUCUUGCAGUUUGUUUAAAUAUUUUAUUCCCAAAAGUGAAUUUCUCCUUAUAACAUUGACAUAUUUUUAAGCAAACAAGUAAUGAGGAGUGAAAAAUUUAUUAAAAAGGAAGAUAUUGUUUGAUUUAUACCAAAUUCUCAGGUCCAAAAUUGUAAGAAAACUGAGGCCAAGAGUAUGAAGAAUUUAUUCUUUGACCUUGGAAGGGAAGAGGUUGAGAGAAAAGGAUGUUUCAUGAACAUGACAUGCAUUUUUCUGAUGACUACUGUAGAAAUCUCUCAGCCAUGUUCUCAAUGACUAUUUUUACAUAAUUUAGUCAACUUGAGGGUGUAAUUGAAUGGUUCCAUAGUAAAUAGUGUUAAAGCAGGUAUUAAUUUGUUAAGUUUAUAAUUGUGAAAAUAAAAUAUUUGUUUAAAUUUAGCCUUCACAUUGAAGUCUCACUAACCCAAAGAUUUUCAAUAAUGCACUAGUACAAGUCUGUUCAGGUGUUCAAAACAUUAGUUACUGUCAACCAGUCCUGUCUUGAUCUCAUUAAACAGUUGACUAUGGCUGACACUCGUGUUCUUGGACAAGACUUGUUACUCUAUCCACUUGAAGUGUAGACUGGCUUUAGAGAGCUAUCAAGGAAAUCCUCAAAUAAAGGCCUGGAGGUUAUAUGUGAUGGAUCAGCUUCCCAUCCAUGCAAAGCUUGUUCCAAGUGUUUGGUUAGUGAAACAGAGGGCCCUGCUAAUUAGUGCAAUAAUAUCACCAGCAAGCAGAAAGGAUAUGGGAUGGAUCAGGAUGCAACCCAACUUCCCUUUUUUCUUUAAUCUGACCUAGGCCUCCCUCACAUUUUGCCACAUGACUCCCUUCUAGCCAUUUACUGAUGCACCCAGUUUCCAAACCAAACACCUACAUUAAGCAUGUCCAGCAAUAGCUGGCUUUUAAAAGCUACUUGGCUGAAAGAUUUUACCUAGGGACAGGUAUUCGUUUGGGGCUAGGAAGAAAGGGUAAUGCAUGAGCCAAUGGUCAGCAAGAUCUUCUACAAUAGAACCCUGCUAAAUCAACUCACUCAAGAUCCAAUUUCCCAUGACCCAUCUUUCCAGGCAUUUACUAUCAGCUAACUCAAAUAAUUUUUGUUUCCUUUGGCAGUUUGAGUUAGUGAGGUUCUUCUGUAUUGUGUUCAUCAUUCAUCUCUGUGUUAAUUUGCAUGGGAGGAGCCUUCUCAUUGGCUAAUGUUAUGUGAAGAAAAGCUAAUAUUCUUCUUACUUUUCAGGUUUCUUACAAAGGCUAAGUCACUUCAACUUCAACAGCUAGAGAUUGAAAGAGCCCUUUUCAAGUAUGAGAAUUUCCUAUUUCUCAAUAUGGCUCAGCACAAAGUAAUUUUUGAAGCAAUAAUGGAACAACGGAUAUCAAGCCAACUACGAAAAACUGUUUUGCCUGUGGGAAGCAUGUUUGAGGGUUGUCACAUUGCCGAAUGUACAGAUGAUGGAAGAAUUAUACAGGAGAUGGAUUUCAUGCUUAUCUUACCAGAUGCCAUUGCCACUGAAGGGGACAGUGAAGCACUGAAAUGUGUUUCAGUGGAAGGACCUAAUCCAGGUUAUGUCAAUUUGAAAGUGUUAGAUGCUACUCGCAUCUCAAUACAAGAUACACCAGCACUAAAAGAUCUGGUGGAUCCAUUCACAAUGCUUUAUGAAAUACAUAAUGAAGAACUGUUCCUUUCCCACAAAUUUGUCAAGAUGUUUGAGAGACGAGUGGAGUAUGCAGUGAUGCAUGUGAUGGGAACAAAAUUCAACCCCUCCCUAGGCCUUGAGCUUGGAAUGAAACGUAAAAAUGUGGAGGAUUUUUAUCCAGUUAUGACCAUUUUCCUUAAAGAGCCCAUCAACAUGUUGAUUUGGCCUGACUCUGAUGCUUGGCCAGACACAGCAGUAGGAGCACUUUUUGACACACUGUCAGCCAUCCAAGGAUCGCAGAGUGGCACAUCUUGGGAAAAUCAGAUUAUAGACAUAGCUCCUGCUAUACUCUGUCAAGUUCCUGCAGAUAUCAAAGAUGCAUGGCUGAGAAGAAGAAGACACUGGCCUGAUCAAAGACUAGUGGAGACAGUCUCCAGUCUUCAAAGUUACUUGCUUGCAAAGCCUCAUCCUCAUACCACAAAUAAGCUGUUGGAGUGGCGAUUCAGCUUCAGCUCAGCUGAGCUGCUUCUCAGUUCUGCUAUGGUGCCAUGGCAGAAGCAAGUGCUCAUGGUAGUUAAGGCUUUACGAAGGAAAUACUUGCAAGAACCAAAGCUUGUUGCUUCCUAUCACUUGAAAACUGUUAUGUUUUGGGUUCUGGAGUCAAUGCCCAAGCAAACAAGAGAAUCUUGUGGUCGAGGUGCUUUGUUGCUAAGCCUUAUUGAUAAACUUUUGUCAUGUCUGAAAGCCAAAAAUUUACCUCAUUUUUUCAUUCCGGAAAAUAAUAUGUUUAGUCACUAUGAAGAUGUAGACAUCCUCACAGUUCUUUCCAAAGUUCAAAGCAUGAGAGAUAAUUUGCCACUGUAUCUAACAGAAGACUUAUUCAUAGCUGCUGUUACUGAGGAAAGAGAAGAGAAGGAAUUUGAAGACACUUACUGGGGAAUUAUUUAA